AUGAGUAGCGAUUCGAAUGGCGAUCAAAAUGUCCUCUGUUCUGAAGAGGUCAAAACCAAAGCCGAAGAAGCUAAAGAUGCUGCCAAUAAAUUAUUUCAGGCCAGGAAAUACGAAGCUGCGAUAGAGAAAUACUCGGAAGCAAUCGCCCUAAAUUCAACCGUUGCAGCAUACUAUGCCAAUCGAUCUUUCGCCUAUAUCAAAACCGAAGCAUAUGGAUAUGCUGUUGCUGACGCGGAUUCGGCAGUUAAAAUUGAUCCGUCAUAUGUCAAGGGAUAUUAUCGAAGAGCAGCAGCAAAUAUGGCGUUAUGUAAAUUUAAAGACGCGCUUCGGGAUUUUCGAAUUGUUGUGAAAAAAGCCCCCAGCGACAAGGAUGCCAGAACAAGAUUAUCAGAAUGCGAGAAGAUCGUGAGAAGAAUCGAAUUUGAGAAAGCCAUCGAGGUAGAAUCCUCGCAAAAGAACCUAGCAGAAACGAUCGACUUGACCGCAAUCACGGUGGACCCUUCUUAUGAUGGACCAAAAUUCGAAGAUGGGAAAAUCUCGAAAGAAUUCAUUGAUGGAAUGAUGGAAUUCUUCAAAAAUCAAAAGAAAAUUCACCGGAAGUAUGCAUAUCAAAUCAUUUUGGCAGUCAGAAAGAUCAUGUUGGAAACGCCUUCACUCGUUGAUAUCACUAUACCUCAAGAUUCAAAAUUGACUGUGUGUGGUGAUGUGCAUGGUCAAUAUUAUGAUUUCAUCAACAUCUUCAAUAUUAACGGCGUACCAUCCGAAACGAAUAUGUAUCUUUUCAACGGAGACUUCGUCGAUCGUGGCUCAUUUAGCCUUGAGGUUAUUUUGACCUUAUUCGCUUAUAAAUGUCUUUACCCAAACUCACUUUACCUAACUAGAGGCAAUCAUGAGACUGAUGAUAUGAACAAGGUUUAUGGAUUUGAAGGAGAAGUUAAAGCUAAAUAUUCUGAACAAAUGUUUGAAUUAUUCUCCGCGACGUUUAGCACUUUGCCUUUAGCCCAUCUAAUUAAAAAAAAAAUUCUGGUAGUUCAUGGUGGUUUGUUUAGUCGCGAUGACGUCACAUUAGACGAUAUAAGAAACAUCGAAAGAUUCAACAAGAAACAAUUAGAUCAAGGAAGUUUGAUGUGCGAAUUGUUGUGGUCUGAUCCACAAACAUUACCUGGAAGAGGCCCGAGCAAGAGAGGUGUUGGAAUACAGUUUGGACCUGAUGUCACUGAAAACUUUUUGAAACGCAACAAUCUUGAUCUCUUAAUAAGAAGUCAUGAGGUCAAAGAGAAUGGAUAUGUAAUUGAUCAUAACGGGAAAUGUAUCACCGUUUUCUCAGCUCCAAACUACUGCGAUACGAUCGGAAAUAAGGGCGCUAUAAUUAAUAUCACUCCAGACUUGAAAUUGAGUUAUAAAACCUUUGAGGCUGUGCCUCAUCCUAAUAUUCGUCCCAUGGCUUACGCAAAACUGAUUGAAAUAAUUAACAGAAUAAAGUUCGUCAAAAACCCUAUCACUAAUUUACAAAAUAUGACUGACAAAUUACCACCAAAUUUGUUGGCACUUUUUGCGCCCCGACCUCCUCUUCCUUAUUCAAAACCAUUAGAUCGCGAUCCUGCUAAGCGUAAAGGUCCUACAAUUUCUGGUGUUGGUCAGUAUAUUUCCCUACUGAAAGCUUAUGAUCCGGAUUAUGUUCCAACAGAGACAGUUGAAGAAAAGAAGAAACGUAAAGUUAGUAGCUUAAUGGGAUUUUCUUACCUUGCCGAGAAAAAGCAAAAGGCAGAGGAAGCUAUUAAAAAAGGGCUUGAAGAAUGGGAUCCAAAUAACGAUGAACAUGUCACUGGUGAUCCGUUCAAGACUUUAUUUGUCGCAAGAAUGUCUUUUGAAAUGACAGAAAAAGAUUUACGACGAGAAUUCGAAAUGUAUGGUCCUGUCGAAAAUGUAAGAAUUGUGAAAAGAAAAGAUGGCCAACCAAGAGGUUAUGCUUUCAUUGAAUUCGAGAGAGAAAAGGACAUGAAAGCUGCUUAUAAGGAUGCAGAUGGUGUUAAGCUUCUAGGCAGACGUAUUUUGGUUGAUGUAGAACGUGGAAGGACUGUUAAGGGUUGGCGACCUCGUCGACUAGGUGGUGGACUUGGAGGAACUCGUAUCGGAGGUCCUGAACAAAAUCAGAAAUACUCAGGUAGAGAAGGUAGUUACGCAAUUCAUGCGAAUCAUCCACCUCCAGUUUCUUCUUCUCAUGAUAGGGAACAUCGUGGUCAAUCUCGAGGAGGAAAUGGUGGAGGGUAUAGUCAAGCUGGUAGUAGUAGUGGGUCUAGAUAUGGAAGUAGGCAUAGUGGUAGUUAUGGAAGUAGUUACGAUCGUGAUCGAGAAUAUAGUAGACGACGUAGUGGUCGCAGUCGUUCAAGGAGUCCGGGACGAUAUAGAGAAGAUAAAGAUAAAUAUGGGUCGAAAGGUAGGGAUAGAAGGAGGUAA